UAUUAUUAUCGAGUCGAGAAGAUAAAAGAAAAAGAUUGUGAUUGUAUUCGGUGGUCUAUGUUGCAAAAUUUUCUCUAAUUUCUAAUUUACAACGUUAUGUUUUGUACUGCUCUUUACUCAAAAUGUCUGAUAAAAAUAAACUUGCUGCUGGUAGACGAAUGCUUGAGGAGUAUAAGAAAAAGCAUAGAAACAAUAAUGUAACCUCAACUACUUCAAAUAAGAUAGGAAACGAUGGAUCACUGCCUUCAGGAAAUUCAUACUUUGCACCUCCAAAUGUCGGCAGUAACAUUGAGCCAUCUUCAACACCACUCAGUCUAUACAACCCUUUCAAGGAAAAUGAAAAUGCAUAUUCAGCUCAAAAUUAUGACAAUGUCAACCUCGGAUCACAUAUGCAAACUGUCGCUUUUAGUGACUCUACUAAGCCUAAUCAGUCCGAAGUAGCAAUGAUUGGAGAUUCAGCUCAAAAUGGAAAUUUGUUCAAAAGCGACGACCAUUAUGUGGCUCAGUUGGUAUCUGAAUUAAAAACUCAGCAAGUUCCGUCGAAUGACAAUGCUCUGCAGAUGGUUCAAGAACCAAUUCAAAUGAAAUCCGCCAAGGAUUUCUUUGACAAUCUACCAGGUUUGGAAAAUGCAAAUACAGAAUUCGCUCUGAUUGGUCAGCAGCCUUUGUUUUCCAAUGUGGCUGGCGCUGGCUCAUCGACAGUGCAACUGCAGAGUAAUGAUUACGUGUCUCCUGCUCACUCCCACCCCCACCCCCACCCACAACCAUCUCCAGCUGUGCCUUUAUUCAGCGAAAUGACCGAGAAGUACGAUUUCAAUGCGAAACGUGAUUACCACGAUGAGAGAAGUGACCGAUCAGAGUCUGUUCCAGUCACUCCAUCCGACCAGGAUAGAAGUGAGGACAGUUCAUCUAGCGAUCACACUUCCAAACAGGUGCACAGUGUACUCGAGCAACAGCUGCGCGAAUUGGACAUCCGGCUCGGUGCUCAGAUUGAAAACAAUAAACAGCUACAAGACGAUUUGCAGAAGUCGGAGAAUACAAUUGCUGGAUUGGAACAGACAGUUGAAACAGUGAGAAGAGAAAAGGAGGCUCAGGAAAAGGCGUUGGAAGAGAAACUCAAAUACCAUGUAACUACGUUGGAAAUCCUCAUAGCAGAAAAAACCGAACUUCAGACUGCUUUAACGACGUGCCAAGAGAGCAUUUCACAGAAAGCAGGUGAAAUGGAAGAAUUGCAAGGGCGAUUACGAGCUUCAAGACAUCGAGUUGGAGAUUUGGAGAGGAAGCUCGCUCUAUCUGAAGCUCUGCAACAACAGCACGAAAAGUCAGCACAUGAGGCAACCAUAGUUAGUGACACAUUGAAACAAGAAGUCAAUAUUAUGAGGAAACGUCUUGAAGAGACCGAUGAGGAAGUGCUCAGUUUGAAACAUAAGGUGGAAGUGAAAACCAAAGAUAUUGAUUGUCUGCAAAAUGAGUUGAGAGAAAAAAAUAGUCAGCUGUCUGUUUCUGAAGUGAGAAUUCAACAACUGAGUGAUCCUAAUAGUGUAGCUGAUCGUAGUAGUCAUGAUGAAUCCAUAAAGUGGCAGGAAGAGAGAAACUCGCUGCAAAUGCAAAUCGCCCAGCUAAAUGCCGAUCUGAAAAAGCUAUCAACUGAGAAGGAUGACGCAAGUUUACAGUAUCAACAGUACGUGGCAUCAUUGAAUCUCCAAAUGCAGUCUCUAACUAGUGAGUUGCAAACGAUUUCCAAUCAGAAUGAAAGCCUGUCAGCCAGAGAGGCAAGCUUGGUCGAGCAUGUUUCCAAUUUAGAGAAGCAAUUGCAGCAGACCCAGCAGAGAAAGCUCAGUCCUCCAUUGAGAACGAACAAUGGCGAACUGGAGAAGGCCAACAAACAGGUGCUGGAGAUAACUGCCGAGAAACACGCGUUGAGUGAGCGGCUCGAGAAGGAGGUGGCCGACAAAAAUCAAAUAUUUGAAGCUCUUCAAAUCAGAAAUGAGAGAAUUGAAGAACUGGAGAGAUCGCUUGAACGAUUGGAGUCGGACCGUCCUGAUGUGAGUCGUCUGCAAGCCGCUAUUGAGAGUGAUAAGGUUGCUGCGUCAAGAGCUGUUGCUCAAAACAGUGACUUGAAAAAGCAGUUAGAAGAGCUACAAGAUGCAUUCAUAAAACUGAGUAAUAAUAAACUGGAGCUCACUGAAUUACUCGAAAAAGAACAGCAUAUCAAUAAGGAACUGAAAGAACAGCUAUCUCUUAUUGGAGAUUCCAAACCGAUUGAAGCUCAUUCGCAUCACCAUGGGGAAGAUCACUGUGAUCAUUCACAUACGAAGCCCAAUAUGUCAGACUUCUGCUCACAAACUUACAAUAUCAAAGAAUCGGCUGAUCCAGGUAUUGUGAUUGAUUUUGAAGCAAUGGCCAAAUUAGAAGAGAAAUUCAAGAGGAAAAUGCAAGAAGUUGCAGAUUUGUCUGACGAAAAGCAACGUUUGGAACACCUGGUCAUGCAAUUACAAGGGGAAACCGAAACUAUUGGGGAAUACAUUGCAUUGUAUCAAAUUCAGCGAGGAAUGUUGAGGCAACGAGCUCAAGAGAAGGAUGAGCAAAUGGCAAGACUGGCUCAUGAGAAGGAACUGAUGCGUAACAAAUUGAAAAAGUUGAAUAAUCUCAUCAAAAAGAUGGUUUCCAACGCACAAAUCAGUAAUAGGCAUCAUUUCAUGAAAGAUCCGCAAUCAGCAGACUCUUCAGAGGAGACUGCAACCGAGCUUAACGACUCAUCGACAACUGAAAGAUUGGCGAAUGGAGAGAAUGAGAAUGAAGAGGAGACUGUUGUGAAAAUUGAAGCGCUGUUGUCGGAAAUUGGGUCCAGUAGUCUGGUCACUUCUGACCAUGGCGAUCAUGCAGUUUUCCAUUCCUGUCCUUUGUGCUCCGAUCGUCCGCUUAUCACUGUUUAAUUUUAAUUUUAAUGUUAUAUACAAUUUUCUCACAUCACCCAUUCAUUGGGAUUGUUUAAUAGAUGACACAGAAUAUUUUAAUAAUUAUUAAUGUUCUUCAAAGAGUUUGUAAAUUAAGCACCAUGUUGCACAAAAGUCUGUUAACUUUUAAUCCCGAUCAAAUGCCACGAAAACCAAUCAGAGAAACCUUCCUCUCAGAAAUACAUUCUCUGAUUAAUUCUCGUGGAAUUUAAUCAUGAUUAAAUUUUAAGAGGUUUUUGUGCAACUGAGACAAAGUGUUUCAAGGAGAGGUUGUUGUGAUCAUAAUAAUCAAUAUUUAAAAACUGCAAUAUUAAUCGAUCUAAUGAAACAUCAUUAUCAUGUAUAUUAACAUAAUUUUACAUUCAUCAAUCUGUAUAUAUUCACAGUACAUUUCAUUAUUUAUUAAAAUGAUAAGUGAAUAGAUUCUUCGAUUGAGUUAUUAUAAAUUAAAUAGGGCUAAGCUACAUUAAUUUGUUAAAAACCGUGCCUAAUUCCUUCUAUUAUCAAAUUUUGGAGAUGGAAAAUAAUAAUUAUUCUUCACUUGAUUUAAAUUUCUUAUAUCUUCUAUCAUUCUAUGUUGCUUAUUCUAUUUGUAAUUAAAAUGUAUAAUAAAGAAUACAAUAUUAGCUGUUAUGAA